CUCGCGGCAUAGUGCUGUAUACCGAGGGGAAAUUUAGCUUUUCUAAGUAUAAUAUAGAGGGCCGGACCUCAUAGCCAAUACCUUCUCCCUCUCGGAAGCCUGCCUAGACUAGAGCCACACUCCUGUAUUAUGCGACAAACCAGCCUCACUCUAUGAAAUUCGGCAGAAAGCCUAUUUCUCCGCUAUACGGAAUGGACAUGCUUCCAAGAUGGCGGCCCGCAUGGAGAAGCACUAUCUGGGAGUGACCAUGUUCUCCGACGGCCAGCCCUUCUUACGGAAACUGCAGCGUAUCUGGGCCGUGACGACUGUAGGCUGAAGGCAGCUGUCAAUGUAAUUCAGAGCAUGCGCCAUACCAACAAUCCAUAAGAGGCGGUGCUAGAGGUCGGAUCGGAAGCGGAAGGGGCUUUAGAGGGCUUUUAGCCGCUGGUGUCUUGAGCAUCUCCACAUUUUAAUCCUGUGAGCUUUCGAAGGCUUCUUGAUGUCUCCAGGCAAGAUCUUCCUCCAGAUUCCACCUUUCCUCUCCCCGGUAGUUCUGCUUGAGUUCACAGAUGUCCACCAGGCUUUAGGAUCCUGAGAGAAUAAAGGAUGAAACCCAGCAUGACCUUGCCCGCUAAUUGGACCUCUCCCCAGAAAUCCCUGGCCCUGGCUCCAGAGGAACAUGGCAGCUCAUGUGAGGGAUCAGUGUGCUUCAGAGAUGUGGCUGUAGAUUUCAGCAGAGAGGAGUGGCAGCAUCUAGACCUUGCUCAGAAAAACCUGUACCGGGAUGUGAUGCUGGAGACCUACAGCCAUCUGCUCUCAGUUGGGUAUCAAGUUCGUGAACCAGAGGUUUUCAUGUUGGAGCAAGGAAAGAAGUCAUGGACAUUGCAGGAUGAGAGCCCACAUCAGAGCUUUUCAGGUCUGGCUUCUGUGGACUCAGCUUCUCCAGUGAAUGACCCUUGUGAAAAACUGACCGGUUCUUGCAACUUUAAAAUCAUGGCUCAUGAUUUGGUGAUGUUCAGAGAUGUGGCUGUAGACUUUUCUCAAGAAGAGUGGGAAUGCCUGAACUCAUAUCAGAGGAAUUUGUACAGAGAUGUGAUAUUAGAGAACUAUAGCAACUUGGUGUCAGUGGAUUUGGAAUCCAGAUAUGACAUUAAAAAGUUAUCUCAAAAGGAUAUUUUUGAAAUGAAUUUAUCUCAGUGGGAGAUACUGAAAAACAUUAGAAGUUAUAGCCUGGAAGACUCCUUUUUCAGAAAAGAUUGUGAAUAUAAAAAGUUUGAGGGACAAAAGGAUCCUCAAAAGGGAUAUUUCAGGCAAGUGAAAAAAAACACCUCUGAAAAAAGGUACACUUACAGAAAAUUCAAAUCUCUUACUUUAUAUCAGAGAAUUCAUAAUAGAGAAAAACCCUAUGAAUGUGGGGAAUGUGGAAAGGCUUUUAGAGUACGCCAACAACUUACUUUCCAUCAGAGAAUUCAUACUGGUGAGAAACCCUAUGAAUGUAAAGAAUGUGGAAAAACCUUUAGACAGUGUGCCCAUCUUAGUCGACAUCAGAGAAUUCAUAUUUCUGACAAACUCCUUGAAUGUAAAAAAUGUGGAAAAAUCUUUACAUGUAGCGCAGAUCUUCGAGUACAUCAGAGAAUUCAUAUUGGUGAGAAGCCCUAUGAAUGUAAGGAAUGUGGGAAGUCAUUUAGAGUGCGAGGACAACUUAAUCUCCAUCAAAGGAUUCAUACUGGUGAGAAACCUUAUGAAUGUAAGGAAUGUGGGAAGACCUUUAGACAGUAUGCACACCUUACUCGACAUCAAAGACUUAAUAUUGCUGAGAAGUGCUAUGAGUGUAAAGAAUGCGGGCAGGCUUUUCUGUGUAGUACAGGCCUUAGAAUACAUCACAAGCUUCAUACUGGUGAAAAACCCUAUGAAUGUAAGGAAUGUGGGAAGGCCUUCAGAGUGCGGCAACAACUAACACUCCAUCAGAGAAUUCAUACUGGUGAGAAACCCUAUGAUUGUAAAGACUGUGGGAAGACCUUUAGUCGUGGCUAUCAUCUAACUCUCCACCAGAGAAUUCAUACCGGUGAGAAACCUUAUGAAUGUAAAGAAUGUCAGAAGUUUUUUCGUCGUUACUCAGAACUUAUUUCACAUCAGGGUAUUCACAUUGGAGAGAAACCCUAUGAUUGUAAGGAAUGUGGGAAAGCAUUUAGACUGUUCUCACAACUUACUCAACACCAGAGUAUUCAUUUUGGUGAAAAACCUUAUGAAUGUAAGGAAUGUGGGAAAGAUUUUAGUUUUGUGUCAGUCCUUAUUCGACAUCAGCGAAUUCAUACUGGUGAGAAACCUUAUGAAUGUAAAGAAUGUGGCAAGGCUUUUGGUAGUGGUGCAAACCUUGCUUACCAUCAAAGAAUUCAUACUGGUGAGAAACCUUAUGAAUGUAAUGAAUGUGGGAAGGCCUUUGGUAGUGGCUCAAACCUUACUCAUCAUCAGAGAAUCCAUACAGGUGAAAAACCUUAUGAAUGUAAAGAAUGCGGGAAAGCCUUUAGUUUUGGAUCAGGCCUUAUUCGACAUCAGAUAAUUCACAGUGGUGAAAAGCCUUAUGAGUGUAAGGAAUGUGGGAAGUCCUUUAGUUUUGAAUCAGCCCUUACUCGGCAUCACAGAAUUCACACAGGUGAGAAACCUUAUGAAUGUAAGGACUGUGGGAAGGCCUUUGGCAGUGGUUCAAACCUUACUCAACAUCAGAGAAUUCAUACAGGUGAGAAACCUUACGAAUGUAAAGCAUGUGGAAUGGCUUUUAGUAGUGGUUCAGCCCUUACUCGGCAUCAGAGAAUUCAUACUGGUGAGAAACCAUAUAUAUGUAAUGAAUGUGGGAAGGCUUUUGGCUUUGGAUCAGCCCUUACUCGACAUCUAAGGAUUCACACUGGUGAGAAACCUUAUGUAUGUAAGGAAUGUGGGAAGGCUUUUAACAGUGGCUCAGAUCUCACUCAACAUCAGAGAAUUCACACCGGUGAAAAACCCUACGAGUGUAAGGAAUGUGAGAAAGCCUUUAGAAGUGGUUCAAAACUUAUUCAGCAUCAAAGAAUACACACUGGUGAAAAACCCUAUGAGUGUAGGGAAUGUGGGAAAGCCUUUGGUAGUGUUUCAGACCUCACUCAACAUCAGAGAAUUCACACUGGUGAAAAACCCUAUGAGUGUAAAGAAUGUGGGAAGGCCUUUAGUUGUGGCUCGGCUCUUAAUCGGCACCAGCGAGUACACACAGGUGAGAAACCCUAUGAAUGUAAGGCAUGUGGGAAGGCUUUUGGGAGGGGUUCAGAGAUUCAACAACAUAAGAAAAGUCAUACUGGUGAGGAGCUCUGUGAAUUGGAAACCGUAUAAAUUGGAAGGACACAUAAGGAAAUCAUGCUAGUGAGAGUCCCUACAAAUGUAAUUAAGGUACAUUAGUUUUGCUUUACUACUUAGUCUGAGAGAAUUAAUAUAGAAAAAAACUGAAUAAAAUAAAUAUUUGGAGAUCUUCAUUACUUUUGGAAAAUUCAUACUUGUGAAUAUUAAAAAUUGAAAAACCUUUUACUAUAUUUUGGCUUUAUUUUAAACAUUGAAAAAUUUGUGUGUGGGCUAAUUCUGCUACUUUUAUUAUUUUUUAAUGUUCUUUACUUUUUGUGGAUUAUACAAAAUUACCAGUCCACCUCAAAAUUAUCUUAAAUUUUUUUACUGAGGGUAUAAAUUUACCCUUCUUACCUCCCCCAUUUCUCAUCCUCCCAGAAUUUAUUCAAUAACCAUAUCUAUUUUUGUACUUUUUUUCAUUGCCUCCUUGAUAGUAAGUAAUAUUUUUAUACAUGUAAGCCUUGGCUAUAAGGUCAGUCUUUGUUUUUUAAAGUUGCAUAUCUGUCUUUGGAUCUGUUUCACCCUGUUUGCACUAAGUUACUGUUACUUUUGUAAGUAUCCUUUAAUAUCUUAUGAAUCUAUACCUUUUGUUUUGGAAGGUUGUUUUAUUUUCCUUUUAUAAAAUUUAUACUUUUCUUUUUACAAAGCGAUUUUCUUUUAUAAAAAUAAAAAAGUAGAUACAGUUACUUGUAAUCUUACCAUUCAUAGAUAAUUACUCAAAUUUUUGGAGCCAACCUUUUAAGACGAUAUGUUUUUGUUUUUGAAGGAAAGUGUGAUUAUGAUUAUACUAUAACUAGCUUUUAAUAUUCUUUGUAAAUGUAUUGUUGCUAUUUUAUUGGCUUGAAAGUAUUCACUUGUCUUUAUCGAACCCAUAUUUUGUCAAAUAUUGAAAAAUUUGCCAUUAUAAAGAGUUACCUUGAUGGCCCCUUUUGAAUGUGUCUGCUUUAUUUAUUGUGCUUUUCAGAUAAUGUGUGGAUAUCUUCUGCUUUUAUAGUUAUACAUUAUAGGUAAAACUGUGUUUCCCUUUGACCAACAUCCUGACCUCAGUUAUUUCCUUAUUAACCAACUUACUUCUACUUCCAGAUCCUUUUAUAUGCAUAUAUAAUGUGUUUGUGGUAAUGUGAGCAUAAUUAAUGUACUUCAGAGGCUUAUUAUGUGGAUUUCAUAAUUGUGCCUCUCUCAUAGUAAUUGGUUAGUAUUAGCCAUCACCAUUAUCUUCUCAAUCUCUGUUAUGUAUGGAAAAACUUUUAACUGUGAUCCAUAUCUCACUCAAUAUCAAAGACAUCAUAAUGGAAAAAAGACAUUUAUGUAAAUGA